GAGAGAUGGCAUGCAGCCAAUGGAGAGGACAGGGAAAAGUUGUGGAAUAGCCAGAGGGACAGGCAGGGAGAAGAAGAGGCAGCUUCACCGGGGCUCUGCUGAGGAGGAACGAGAGCAUCGUCUCAUCCCCUGUCCCUCUGUCUCUCCGCGUAACUGUCUGUCUCUCCCUCCGUCUCCCCCCUCUCCUCCUCUCUAAUUGUCUCCCCUCCUGGCUGGCACUGCAAUGUGGCUGUCUCUGCAGUGAAAGUGCCGGCUGGCAGAUUCUCCUUGAGUGAACCCUGACUGUGCGCAGUGAGUGUUUGCCUCCUCGCCGUUGUCCUGUCCACGCUGCACAGCCUGCGAGCGAGGGACCAGCUGCAGAGCAGUGCAGCUGGGGCUCACUUCACCCAGGACCAGCAGGUGCCACACUGGGAUGUGCCUCCUCUAGGGUCCAGACACCCGGACAGAAGCCUCCAGAUUUAAUCCAGUGUACCAGAGAGGCUACAUUCAGUCGACUGGCUGUCCUGAGUCUGGGGCCGGAUCCUGCAGUACUAUUUGUUUUGGAGCAGAUCUGGCUGCCAUGGAGGUGCUGAGUGUUGGGGUCGACCCCCCGAGGUUGGGCCCUCCAUACGCAGCCACCGGCCUGAUCUUCUCUUUGCUGCUUGGUGUUUGGUCUGCUCAGGCCCUGGAGAUGUUCGUAGGAAAGAUUCCCUUCCUUGAGGCCGUGAAUGGCAGCACAGUCCUUUUGCCGUGCACAUACGCCAGUUGUAUCGGCAUCGAGAAUCUCUACUUCAACUGGCAGUUCAACGAAAACGGCACCAUGCAAAAGGUGUGCGAGUCACUGAUAGAGUCAGAGGAGUCGGUGCCACAUGUCAGCAUAUACAGAGAACGAGUGGAGUUUGUGGGGAAGAACCAUAACAACAACGUCUCCAUCUUGCUGUGGAACAUCACCUUCGACGACGCAGGACAGUACACCUGCUUUGGACGCAAUCCAAAAGAGAAGGGCAGGAACCACAGUGCCAUCUUCACCCUCAUUGUGGUGGAUGAGGUGAGGGUGGUGGACAAGACACUGACCAUCAUCAUCGCCUCAGCUGUGGGCGGAGCCAUUGCGUUUUUGAUGGGCUUCAUGUUGCUCAAGAACUUGACUCUCUUUAUUCUUUCCAAGCUUGAGGAGAAAAAUAAGGAGUGCCUUGUAACUUCAUCAGGGAUCGACAACACAGAAAAUGGCCUCUCAGGAUCCAAGGCUGACUCAAAACCAACACCAAAAAAGAAAUGAGGAGGUGCAUGUGUAGAAAACCACAGGAGUGAUCAUAUCCUAUUUGCAUAUAUUGCAUAUAUUUGUAUAUGCACAUGUGUUUGGACACAUGAACAAACUCAUUUUUGUUGUAAUCUUAAAAACUCUGCCUGGCUGUGGGAAUACAUCACAUGUGCAGAUUAUAUAAAACUAAAGAAAGUGCAAAUCAUAAGUGCACACAUAUAGUGAUUAUUUAAAAGGUGCACAUAAUUUAAUUACGUCAAAAGGAUAAACGCACCUACCAGAGGCUCUCUAGCUUGACUUAUUUAGGAUUUAUUGUCCAACUUUUAGCCAUAUUGUUCAGCACAUUGCUGGAAGAAAAACAUGAAAAGCAAGAAUGGUGUUACCUGGGUGACUAAGCGAAAAGUUUUAUUUGUCAUAUGUAAGUUAACACAGGGUCAAUGAUACAAUGCAACGUGUUGGACGAGAGGGAAAGGUCAGCUCGGGAAAUGAAAUAAGAGCAAUGUCCUGGAGAAGUAAGAAAAUUGAAAUAAAGUAAAUUUAAAUAAUUUAAAAGAUCUCAAUAUAGAAAAAUAAUCAAACACAAUACUAUAUACAUUAGAGAGUGCAAGGUUAAAACCAAAGUGACAAGCGUAUACUGUAUACGUGUAUGUAUUGGCUAUAUAAGUUAUUGCACAUUUUCCAGUGGUGAGUAAAGUGGAGCCAGUAACCAGGCCUGAUAUCAAUGAACAAACAUUUAGACAAGAAAAUCUAGCGUGCACUUUUACAAUUUGACUUUUAAAUAAAUUGUGUCCGACUGACAAACAGAGCAGGAAUAUUAAAUCAAUAAAAGUUCAUAUCUUAGUCUUCAUGGGAAACAUUCUACCCAAUGUGGGAAGUGUAUUAGAAAGAAGACAACAGUGAUCUACCGCUGAUCACAGUCAACCUACCCUAAAAACCUGGACACGAUGGAAACUUAUGGGACAGGCAGUUGUCUAAUGUGUGGACAUGGUAUGUGUGUGUGUGUGGUUGUGCAGUGAGUUUAAUCUAACAUCAGAAAUCUCAAUGUCUCUGGUAAAUUAACUUGUUAGAUUAAAACCAAAUUAUGUGCACAUUUUAUCAAUUUCGGGAGACGUUUUAUAUAAUUUGCACAGUUAGGAUAUUGUGUGGGUUGAAAUGGUAAACAAAGUGUUAUGCCAUUGCACUGUUGUGCUCUGUUUAAAGCACGUUGUUGCAUAUCAAUCAUCUGUUUCCACAGCCAGAGUACAUUCAAUAAGAAAAAACUCUUUGACUGUUUUUCAUUAGAAGUAAAAAAAAAAAAAAAACAUUUCUGCAAGUACUUGAAAUAUAGCAUUGGGCUGAAUCCUGAUUUAAAUACUAGCAAAUUCACAAUAGACUUCAAUCAAAAUCAAUAUUUGUGAUGUGCUAUAAUUUCAAGCAGCUCUAGUUGACAGAUCCACUGAUCGAUUUGUACUUUCCAAAAAACACCCAGUAUAAUGUGUGAUUUAUUAAAAACUAGUCUAAAGUAAAUGUUAAGACGUAGCACAGAGUCUAUAUUGACAAAAAACAUUGUAGGAUUCAGCCUGGUUCUUCAUCUUGUACCUUCCCUUUGCUUGAUAUAAACACAGGUGCCUGUUAGUGCUUCUGAUGCUCCUCCGUCAGCGAGGACGACGACAUAUUGCUACACACUUUAUAAAACUCAGCAGACAUAAAUAACACAACCAGCUUCUGAAACGAAACCAUAGACAAUCCCUUGAAUCAAUCUCCCUAACCUUUAGAUCAAAGAUUGACCCUCUGACGAUGCUGCUUUAACACAAAUAACCAAUGCAUUCUGAGCAUGUGCAACAUGGGGCAGAAUUUAGAUACAGUGCUUGACAACAGACGUUCAUACCUUUUGGGAAAAAAACGUGUUGUAAUAUAUUAACACCAGUAGCGUCUGCGCUGAGGUUAACUGUAAAUCACAUUUAAUGCCAUGCUACUUCCAUUGUGCUAACCCUCGCUAAGGCUAAGCACUAUAUGGACGUGGACCUCUUUUGGCUGUGCCUGGAUCAGGCUCUACAUAAUAUCUCUGCUUAGUAUGUGCCUCUUCAUGGAAAUGGCUUGUUUCUCUUGAACACUGACAAAUGUUCAUUUAGUCAGUGCUUUAUUCUUUGCAAUAAAUAAUCCUUAUCUGCUGAAAGAUAGAGCUGGUUUACGGGGUGUUUUCAUACGUGAUCAUUUUAACCAUGAAGAUCUAAUGCCGUGUGCACAGCUGGGAAACCAGAAUGGAAUUGUCUAUCUUUAUUAGAAAAGUGUGGUUUUUCAGUUUGAGACCAGGACUUUUUCAUGUUCAGAUUUUGUAAUGCUCUCACUCAAAACCCUUCGCUUGCACUCAAAUAUCCACUGCUUGUUCCUGCACUCCAGCAGAGGAGAAAUCGGAGAGCGGACGUUUCAGGUGCGCAUGGCAGCAACGUGAGUGUGAGGAGAAGAGCUGAAGCCGGAGUGCAGGAAAUCUAAGCACAAGCAGAGGAUAAUUGUGUGCGAUCGCAGGGAUUUGAGUGAGAGCGCUGCACAAUCUGUAUGUGAAACCAGUAAGUCCUGCUGUCAAAAUGAAAGACCACGCUCUUGAACAAAGAUCAUAACCAUUCUGGUUUCCUAUCUUUAUUCCAUUCUGGUCUCCUAGGUGUGCACAUGGCACUAGGUCUUCAUGGUUUAAAUGACCAUGCAUGAUCAGGGGAGGGCAGGAUGAGUAGGGGGAUGUAGUUCAAGCAUAAACCCUGUUCCAGGAGGAAAUAAGAGAAGCAAUGCUCCCAGUGUAGCCACUGACUGUGCCAAACAGGGAUGAUUUCUACUGUGCAUCACCUCAGGAGAUGAAUGUACCUGCAUCGAACAGUGAAAUAUCAUUUGAAGCUGCAUUUGCAUCAUUCGAGACACUGAGUGUCUGGCUUUAAAAAAGAAAUACCUCUGGAGAGUGGGACAGAUGUGUGGCUAAACACAGUGUCAGCUCAGAUAUGUACUGUUUCUGAUGAUUUCAUGAGACUAUUUGUUACGUUUUAAUAAUAAUAACGUGCCUCCACUCUUUAAUCACAGGCGUGAAGCAAUAUAUUAUACAGGGGGUGUGUUGGUGUGACUGGCACUUUAAAUAGUUAUAUAUUUUUGUGUGUGUGUGAUCCAAGUCACUGUUGGUUUGUCACAUUGUUCAUCUAAAUGAGACGAGAAGAAGCCAAACAGCAAACAUGAGCAAAGAGUGAAGACUUCUAAUUCUAAUGCAAUCCCAUGAAAUGGUAUGGUUAAAUAAAUUUGAUGUAUUCUUGUUGAAACAGCGUCUGAUGCCACUGAAGCUUCAGAUUUUGUAAACCGACUGGUGUCAGUCUUCUCAUCUAAAGCUCAGCAAGAAAGCAAAAAUACGAUUAAAGUUUUCAUGUGUUAAUCAUGAAUAUCAGACUCAGAAACUUGGUUUAUUGCUAAGUAGGUUCCCAGGUCAGCUGUAGUCUGAUCUGAUAGGACUGACAAAAAGUCCAAGUAGAAUUCCUGCAAACAUUUGAAUGACUUCAUCAGCCUGUUUCAUGGGAUCCUUUAGGAAGAUAUUGCAGGUACAUACAUUGUAAUGAAUGUUAUGGGUAAUAUACAUCUGUCACAUGUGUGUCGUUUGGCUUUAAAGAGAAAAUCCACCCUCGAGCAGAGCUAUGGAGUCAGGCUUCUGGUGUGACUUUGGAAUCAAGAGGAUACAUUUAGCCUGGAUCAUAAAAUUAAAUUAUUCAAAUUGAAAUGUCAAUAACUUGUUUGAACUGUAAAAGGUUGGGUUUUCUCUCACAAAUCUCUGCCAGUUGUUGUCUAAUAAGACUCAGUAAGAAAACAGUGCUUUGUUUCUGAAUCUAUGAAUGGAGAAAGAGAUCAGUGUCAGUGUGGGCCUUAUGAUGACUAUGCAAAUCUCAACAGAAGUGAAUCCCCUUGAUAGUUUGUCACACUGCACCUUCCAGUUACUGUAACGGGCCGUAAGCAAUACAACUGUAGGAUCAGAGUCAGUUGUGAUGAUGGGAUGCAGGGUGAAUGGGGAGCAUCCACAGAGGAGCAUGGAGAGGAGCCCCCUGUACUCGAUUGGACCCCUGCAGUGUAAAAGUCAUACUCCACUGCUGCUCCCUGCACACGAAUAUAAAGCUAUAAUGCUCUGCUCAUCCUCAAACGAUGUCCCCAUUUUCAUCCUGUCGUCCGUGCACAUCAGCUCUCCAUCUCUUUAUUAUAAAAACAGGAAAUCUAAUAAAAGUUUUGAAUAAAGUC